AUGCCGCAUCCGGCCUCAGCAACUUUGACAGCUAUGUUCGGUAGCGUUGUUGACGAUCCCUAUUUCCGGGCGCUUCUAAGGGAGCUCAACCACGCCUAUCAAGUUCCAGGCCGUGACGAAGUGUCGGAAAGGCUCAUUCCGCAAAUGUACGAGGUCACCCUCCUCAAGCUAAAGAAUAAGCUGAAGGACGUGGAGUAUGCAGCCCUGACCAGAGACGGAUGGACGUCACGAGCGGCCGACCAUUAUUUGACCCUAACAGUGCACUAUUUGAAAGACUGGACAAUGCAAGUGAGAGUUCUGCAAAUGCUGAAGGCCCAAGUCUCACAAACAGGAGAGAACAUUGUGGCAGAAAUCAAAGAGUGUCUUACAGAAUUCAGCCUGGAGGGCAAGGUUGACGUAAUGACAACUGACAACGCUAAAGCGAUGGUGAACGCCACCACUGCUGCAGGGAUAAAACUGUCACUUAACUGCUUUGCCCAUAAAUUGAACCUGUCAACUCAGAAGGCGAUGAAUGUGCCAGCUGUGCAUAGCAUGCUGGCCAUCAUCAGACCACCAAUCACCUACUUUCGCAAUUCAUAUCUCGCCAAAGUAGUUCUGAAGGAGAAGCAGGAAGCCCUUGGGAAACCCAACCACAACCUCAUCCUCGACUGUAAGACACGCUGGAAUAGCAGUUACCUGAUGGUUGAAAGGUUUGUAGAACAGUACCCAGCAGUAGUAGCUGCUUCCCUAGAUGAGAAAAUCAAGAAGAAAAACAGCUUCAAGAAGCUGCAGAAGUGUACCGACAACAACAUAGAGAAGAUGGAGCAUUUCCUCAAGGUGAUGAAGCUCCCGUAUAUUAUCACAGUCGCGAUGUCAUCCGAGAAAAGACCAACCUCUGGACAGGUGCUGCCUAUGCUCCACAAACUGGAACAGCACUUGGCUGACAAAGAUGAGGAUGACAAGUUUACCAAAGACAUUAAGUCAUCCAUCAGGGAAGAUCUCUCAGCCAGAUACAGAGAAGAUGAAAGGAGAGAGCGCCUCGAAGAGGCAACUACCCUCGACCCCAGGUUCAAGGGCUCCAUGGUUGUCCCAGUGGACGUGUGGGAUCGGCUCACAAACAGCAUCAAAGUGAGCCAAUCUCACAUGUCCACUGUGGUGAAGAUGGAACCCGAGGAAGCCGUGCCAGUGCCACUACAGGAGCCCCAGGAGGACAGUGAUGAUACAUCUCCUGCAAAGAAGCUGAAGCUAAGCGCAAUGGAGGAAAUCUUUGAGGAUGAAGAUGAUGAUGUUGUGACACAUGUUGAGCCACCGGUGCCACUUUGGCUGAGAAUUCAGCAGGAGAUGCUGAAGUUCAGGGCCUUGCCGAAGUUGAAGUCUUCAGAUGAUGUGCUUGCAUUCUGGCAGGGAAAGGUUGACAAACUACCACUCCUCUGUAGGCAUGCCAAGAAAUACCUUAUCGUGCCAGGCACAAGUGUGCCAAGUGAGUGGGUCUUCAGUACGGCUGGGGACAUUGUAUCAGCUGAAAGAGCUCAUCUUGACCCAGACUCUGUCAACAUGCUCUUGUUCCUCAACAAAAACACAUGA